AUGUCGUCCGACGCAAAGCACGAGGCUCUUCAGCCCCUCCACCCGUCCAUGGCGGGCAAGCUGGAUCCCGCCUUCGAGAAGCUCUACAACGAAAAUGUUGCGCACCGGCCGAUGAAGCCAAUCGACCUCGAGGAGCUGCGCGCCAACUACUCGGUCCUCUAUAGCUAUGGCAUGGCCCCCGCGCCGGACGUUGGGCGCAUCUACGACGACGUGAUCCCGCUGGCUGAUGGCACGCCGCUCCCAGUGCGUGUCUAUGAGCCCGAGACUCCAGGCCCGUGGCCGGUGCACAUCGACUUCCACGGCGGCGGCUGGGGCCUGGGCGACCUCGAGACCGAGGCUCAUAUCUGCAAGCACUACUGCAAAAAGGCCAGCGUGGCCGUCAUCGACGUCGCCUACCGCCUGGUGCCUGAGGUGCCCUUCCCCGCGGGCAUCACGGACAGCUUCGCCGCGGUCCAGUACAUCCACCAACAGGGCGCGCAAAAGUUCAACAUCCGCCCAGACAGCAUCUCAGUCGGCGGCGUGUCGGCUGGAGGCUGCAUCGCUCUGGCAGUGGCUCACUUGGCCCGCGACGCUGCCGUCCCUCUGCGCUUGGUGGCCGUGGGAUCGCCCGUCAUCGACGAUAUUUCGCAGUACGCCUCUGCCAGCGCCUCGCCCUGGCCAUCAAUGCAUGAAAACGAAUUUGCACCGACGCUCAACUGGGCACGACUGGCCUGGUUUGAUAAGCUUAAGGCAUCUUCACUACCCACGGAGCCUGAGGCACACAAGGCUGCCAAGGAGCGCAUCGGCUGGUUCGCCAACCUCCUCAAGGCGCCCAACUUCAAGGACCUGCCCCAUACGCUCAUCUACACAGCCGGGGCUGAUCCUUUGAGGGACGAGGGUGAGAGAUACGCAAAGGUGCUGGUUGAGAAUGGCGUCGAGGUCACGCAGCGGCGCUUCCUCGGAGUUCCGCACCCGUUUCAGCACAUGGACAAGACACUGUGGCAGGCGAGAGAGGCCAUCGAUGGAACAGCCAGGGCGAUUCGGAUAGCGCAUGGGGACUCGUGA